GCGUUUCCAGGGAAGGAAGACUUUGAUCUGAGGAUUGAGGCUGUUAGUACUCACAAUCAGAGAGAGAGAUCCCAGUCUUCGUUUGCGGUCAAGGAGUGUAGAAGAAGACCCCGAGAAGACUGAGGGUGUGAAGACUUUCAUCUGAGAAUCUGAGGUUGGUAGGAUUCAGAUCAAAGAGAGAAGUCCCAGUCUUCGUUUGCGGUCAGGGACUCGAGGAGAAGACCCCGAGAAGACUGAGGGGGCCCACAUCACCUCCUCUUGCCACACCGGUGACCUCUGUCCCUGACCAGUGUCCUCAUGCCUCGGGGAAAGAAGAGUAAGCGCCGGGCCCGAGAGAAACGCAGACAGGCCUGGGUUGAGACUCCGAGAGUCAUGAGUGCUCAGGCCUCUACAGAGGAGGGGGAAGACUCUGACUCCUCCUCCUCUCAUACUUCUGAGGUUUCUUCCCUGAGCACCCCUGAGUCUGUGCUGUCCCAGGAGCCUCUGGGAGCCGCAGCAGCCACUAUCCUUCCCAAGGCAAGAAUCGCAUGGCCAAGUUUUGACACCAGUGCCGAGAGCCACGGCGAGGGAAGUGCGGAUGCCUCCCAGGCAGAGUCGGGGUCUGAGGGUUCCCGCAGAAGCCCUCUAGACCAGAAGGCGAUGCUGCUGGCGCAAUUCAUGCUGCGCAAGUAUAACGUGAAGGAGCCCAUCACCAAGGAAGACAUGAUGAAGCAUGUCAUCAGGAAGCACAGGCCCUACUUCCAGGAGAUCCUCAAGAGAGCCUCCGAGCUGAUGGUGCUGGCCUUUGGCAUUGAAGUGAAGGAAGCCGACCCUGCCGGGCACAGCUAUGUCCUGGUCAGCAAAUUGCACCACGCCGGGGAUAGCAGGCUGAGUGGGGAGAUCAUGCCCAGGAAGGGCCUCCUGAUGACAAUCCUCUGUGUGAUCUUCAUGAAGGGCAACUGUGCCACUGAGGAAGAGAUCUGGGAUGUCCUCAAUGCGAUGGGUAUACAUGCUGGCAAGCAGCACAACCUCCACGGGGAGCCCAUGAAGCUCAUCACAGAAGAUCUGGUGAAAGAAGGUUACCUGGUGUACCGCCAGGUGCCCCACAGUGAUCCUCCAAGCCACGAGUUCCUGUGGGGCCCGCAAGCCUACGCUGAGACCAGCAAGAUGGAAGUGCUGCAGUUCUUAGCCAAGCUUCAUGGUACCCAGCCCAGCGCCUUCCCACACUGGUACGAAGAGGCCCUGCAGGAUGAGCUGGAGAGAACCCGCCACAGAUUCGCGACUGUGGUUCGCACUAGCUCCUCUGCCACUGAGCUUUCCAGCGCCAGCUUCAGCAGACCAUACAAGUAUUGAAAUCUGAAGCAGUUCCCUCACUCUGUGCUUGAAGUGGUGUGGGGGGUUAGGUGGUGCUGGAGGGAACGCAGUGCACAUCAUAUCUGUGCUCCUGCUCUGUUAUUAAACUAUUGCUUUAUCUUA